GGACUCUAAAGAGCUGACAAGGGUCACCAGAAGAUCUGAAGGAAAUCCACUUGCGCAGACAAUCACCAUCCAUCACCGGAGCUGAAGAAUAAAUUGAAGAUAUUGUGGUGCUCUUUGGUGGCCUGACACCCAUGAGAAAAAAGACCUAUCAACUCUGAUCUUCAAAGGAUUUAAUAACUAAACCAUUAAACAGAAAAACUAAAAUGAAGGCAUUCAGCAUUGCAGUUGCAGUGACACUCGUGCUCGCCUUUAUUUGCAUUCUGGAGGGCUCUGCCGUCCCAUUUGCCGGGGUGCAAGAGCUGGAGGAGCCAAUGAGCAAUGACACUCCAGUUGCGGCACAUCAAGAAAUGUCAAUGGAAUCGUGGAUGAUGCCAAAUCACAUCAGCAGGCAGAAGCGCCAGAGCCACCUCUCCAUGUGCCGCUAUUGCUGCAACUGCUGCAGAGGCAACAAGGGCUGCGGUUACUGCUGCAGGUUCUGAGGAUUCCAGCAACGACCACAACAUAUUAAUUUAUUAGGCUUUUUGUCUGUCCCCAAGAAAUGACCUUUUCUUUCUCUAAUGAAUACCUGUGCUACACUGUUUUGUAUCAUUUUAUGAGGUAUGAUUAAUCGAAGAGCACUGGAAAAAAAGAGCUAUUCUUUGUAUUUAUUUUGUAUGUUUUAAUACUUUCACCUUUUUUUGUGUGUUUUUGUAAUCUCAAUGAUAUGUAAAUUAGUUUCUAAGAAUAAUCAGGAUGUGACUGUUUCUUCAUUGGAAUUAAGUCUCACAAGUUAAUAUCUGGUGUUGAAUAAAUAAUUACCGUUU